CAGUUAUCUCCCAGUAAGUGAAGACUGCUGGACAUCUCAGAUCUGUCAGCUGGUCUUACAAUACAAACAGCAUGAGACUGGUUCUUCCCAACCCAGGGCUGGAUGAGAGGAUUCCCUCUCAUGAGGACCUGGAGAGGCUGGAAAAGGAGACCGCUGCUGACAGACCCAAAUGGGACAACAAAGCCCAGUAUCUGCUCACCUGUGUGGGUUUCUGUGUGGGACUGGGCAACGUCUGGAGAUUCCCAUACCUUUGUCAAAGCCAUGGGGGAGGUAAGCUCAUCUUCUCUGUCACUUAAAUAUUAAACCAAUAGAUCACAACCAGCUCUAUAGAGAGGAUAAAUGGAAAUUUGAAAAUGUCGUAUCUGAAAACGCUGUAAUACUCAGAAGUGGGUUUCAUGAGCUAUUGGCCCUGAUGUGGUGCGAGUGUAUAAUAUUAAAAAUUUAAGUUUUUAUCAAAAGUAUACAGUGAAAUUGAUUAAAAUCUUGAUUGUGGAUUAUGAUAUCAUUAUUAUAUUUGAAUUGCACUAUUUGGGAGUAGCAUUUUAUGUUUUGCAGAAAUGUCAAUUGUUUUGAAAAUCACAAAAAAAGUUAAUAAAAUAGAAAACAAAAUAAAGCAUAUUGUUUAUCAGCAGUUAUUUAUCAAUGCUUCGUAGGUGAGGUGUGUGAUGUUUUAUGGGGACUGGAAGUGUAAUGCAGAGGAUAAAAACUGUCUCAAAUUAGUGCAAAUAAAGUCUGUAAGCAGCCCAAUAAAACUAUGAUGCACCACUGAAAGCAUAUCAUGUGCACUUACAGCGAUUCAGGUUGAAUAUUAACCUGUGUAGUUAAAUGGACCAUAACAGGUUACAACUAGAAGAGUCAUUUACAGCAAAUAACUACUGGUGUGUUAAACUGCAUCAGCUGGUAAACCAGUUUCAUUUAUUUAUCUCUUUUUAUUCAGUUUUUAAUUGGCAGCAGAUUAAUGACUGUCACGACUAGACCGUAAGGCGGCCUUACAGAGCAUUAUCAGAGGACUGAAAAGGUCAGCUACAGGAGAGCUGAUGGACUUUCUUGAACUGACUAAGGUGGUUUCAUGUGUUUUUUUUUCUCCUAAAUUUGGGAGUUGGCUUUCAAGGACAGCAGUACACAUAAACAUAAACAAAUACUUUUCCAAGGUGUUGCCUGGGAGGUGCAAUGAUUUCUUAUCAAAUAGAUAUGAAGAGUUGUCAAGGGCAAAACAUGGAAAUAAUCCACUUGGGCAGCACACAUGCCAGCUCAGAACAAGUAGAAAUAACAUUGUAUUAUUCUCUGCUUGGGACAUUUGAAACAGAAAAAACAGACCUCCUUGACUCAUAAAAAAAAAACCGAAACAACUUUGAUAAACUAAGAUUUCUGUGAGGCUACAGCUACUUGAGACCUAGAAGCCUACCUUAUGCUACAUGUGUACGUCAACAUGCUAGCUACUAAAAUUGACAAUGGUAGCAUGACGUUAUUGUGCCUCCUGCAGCCUAUUUUCUGUAUGAACAAAAUCUUAUAUUUUAACCUUCCCACUGAGCAACCGAUAACUAUUAGAUUUCCUUUUUUAGACCCUGUGAGUUGCAUAACUGAUCUCCAAGUACUAAACAAAAUAAUUAUGAUAGCCAUUGAGCAAUAUACAGUGUAGUAUAGAUAUAGCCCAGAUUUAGACUUGGUCUAAACUUGGUCUAAAUUUAGACGUCUAAAAAAACAUUCAUUUUUAGAUUUGUGUUAGCCUGUUUUUAGACCAGUCAUCUAGGCUACAUUAAGACAUUUAUUAGACCUCUUUUAGACCAAAAAAUGCUAAAUGGGUUACUGGUGGGGCUACAGAGAGUCAGGUGAUUAUCAGAUGGAUUGACUUGCACCUUCAAGGAACAUAAAUCAGAAAAAAAAACCCCAAACAAAUGAAAAUUUGAUCAUUGGAGAAAUCACAGAUCGCUACAUAUGUUGUCCCUUUCACUAAAUCUGUCUUGUGUGAGAUGUGAAAAGCAACAGAAUGCAUUUGCUAAAAUAAAGGACAGAAAAGAAGAAGGAAAGUUCCCACCCAACAGAACAUGCAGGCCAGGAAUGCUGUAUUUACAGAAAGAACUAGUAAAAGAUUACUCAACUGCGAGCAAGUAAAGUGCAUUAUGCAUUUGGUCAGUGGAGUGAAGAGACUUUGUAUCUUUAACUUGCUGUGAGCCCUCAAGCACUGUUGAGAUAUGAUUAAAACAAACAUCCCAAGAGGGCAACAAUCUCAGUGCCAUGGAUGUCAAAGUGAAACACAAGCAUUCAGGAUCGUCUGAUGAUUGAUCCCAAACAGUUAACAUUUAGCCAGAGCUUUCAGUCACAUCUGUGGCUGAAUUCAUCCUUAACAACAAGCUGGAAUGACACAACACUUUCCCAAGAUAACCUGACUCAGAGAGGAAUCCAACUACUUGUUUGAGUCAGUUUUUCCAUAUCAGCUGAUUUAAAUCUGUGCUAUCUGCUGACGUCUGCCAUACACACAUUUAGCCCUGAACCUGACCAUCAUCAUGCAAGAUAACAAACCCAUAAAAGUGAUUACUUCCUUUUAAUUGUUCAUAUGAUAGUGUGAUAUCUGAUCUUCGAAAAACUAAAAUGAACUAAUCAAGAUAGGUAUAUAAGAUGACAGUGUUUUAUACUUUGUGGAUGACAUUAAAGGCUGUUUGGUGACCAGACAUGGUAGCAGUCAAUUCAGUGUAUCUGUGCAAACAAACACAUCUCCACUAUCUCUGCAGUUAUCUGAGCUUAUGUUGGUGUGUCCCCCCAGGUGCUUUUAUCAUCCCCUUUAUCAUCCUACUUGUCUUUGAGGGCGUCCCACUGCUGCACCUGGAGUUCGCCAUUGGCCAGCGCCUGAGAAAGGGCAGUGUGGGAGCAUGGGCUGCAAUCAACCCCUAUUUGGCUGGAGUUGGUCAGUUCAUACCUGGAUAUUUUAUUGAUCUUUUUUUUAUUUAAGUUUUGUCUGGUCCAGGAGAUAUUUGAUCAGUUUUAGGCACGUUUCAUCCAUGAACUAAUUUGUUAUGGACUCACUGUACAGAAGUUCUGCAGGUUGAAUCAUGUAAGAUUCAUAUAUUUUUACCUUUCUGUCACAGGUAUUGCAUCCAUGACUGUUUCAUUUUUGGUGGGCAUGUACUACAACACCAUCAUUGCCUGGGUGAUGUGGUACUUCUUCCACUCUUUCCAGGACCCCCUGCCAUGGAGCCAGUGUCCUCUCAAUAAAAACCUCACAGGCAUGCCCCUCUUUUGAAGGACUUAUGUCUAAUUUGAUACACUAGUCUUAUUGUAAUCAAAUUGUGAACAGGGUGGUUGUCCUGCUUUUCCGUAUAGGUCUAGUGUCUGAAUGUGAACGCAGCACUCCAGUGGACUACUUCUGGUACAGAGAGACUCUGAACACGUCAGAGGCUAUCGAUGAGUCUGGUGGUCUGCAGUGGUGGAUAGUGAUUUGUUUGGUUACUGCCUGGAGUGUGCUCUAUAUCUGCUGCAUUAGAGGAAUUGAGACCACAGGCAAGGUAGGAUAUCCGUGGAACUGAUCUGUCAGUGUUAUUGGUUUGCAACAGGAUGGAGAAAAUGGGUCAUUAAAAUGUGAUUGGGGGAAAUUCCACAAAACAAUCACAGCUAACACAGUUGUUUCUCAUUUCAGUUUUUUAAGUUAAGGAUAAGCAAUAGAAUCAUUUAUAAUCUACUUAAAUCAAACGAACAACCUUCUUCCCUUCUUGCAAGACUUUUUCUUGAAGUAUCUGUUAUUCAAAACUUUUGAUACUUUUCUUCAAGGGUACAAACAGCCCCUUUAAGAUUUGUCUUUUCUGUCUAUCAGGCUGUUUACAUCACUUCCACUCUGCCGUAUGUGGUCCUCACAAUCUUCCUUAUCAGAGGACUAACUUUGAAAGGAUCGGUAGAUGGUAUCAAGUUCCUCUUCACACCAGAUGUAUGUAAAGCUAUGAUUAUAAUAGUAUUUUCACCUUGUAAUUAUGUCGUUAGCUUUAGAAAAUAAUAAUCUCUUAACGUUAUCCGUUUUAGCUCAAUGAGUUGGUGAACCCAUCUACAUGGCUGGAUGCAGGAGCUCAGGUUUUCUACUCCUUCUCGCUUGCCUUCGGAGGCCUUAUCUCUUUCUCCAGUUACAACCCUAUUCAGUAAGUCCACACUAUCAUAAAUAUUGAGUGUACAUUACUCAUAUUGUAAUCUUAUCAGUGGACAUUAACAGAAUAAAGGUAGACAGUAGAACAGUUAUCAAUCUGAAAUUAGACGAUAAGGUUUAAAGGAGAAUCAAGCACAUGUACAGGAAUUAUGGAAAGCACGUCUGUGGAUUCCUGUAAAUGUCUCAUAAAAAUUACACCCAUGCUGAGUGGACUGGUGUAAAGUGGUAAAAAAAUAAGCAAAUGAGCAAGUAUCAGUACUUCCAAGUUUGAUUUUAUCCUCAAUGUACAUAUACUAAGCAAUUUUGUGCCUAUCAUACAUCUAAAAGUGAUUAUCUUCUUUUUUUGUUUGUUUACUAUCUAGCAACAACUGUGAGCAAGAUGCAGUCAUCAUCGCCCUGGUGAACGGCUUUACAUCCAUCUUUGCUGCAACAGUCAUAUACUCCAUUAUUGGCUUCCGAGCAACAGAACAGUUUGAUGCCUGCCUGAACGGGUAUGUGUGUGCAAUAUUAAAUCAAUUUACUUUAUUGAGCAAUAAAGUGAAAGCACACAAAAGCAUGUCCUCCCAUUCCCACAACUCAUCAGUAUUUAUCAUCAGCUGACACCAAAAGGUGAUAUGUCAACUUCUCAGUAGUUCCACUUGUGGCAGGAUGUUGACAUCAGAUAACAUCUAAGACUUGUGUGGGUUUUAUUUCUUGCAACAUAAAUGCUGACAUUUCAGGGGGGUUUCCAGAACUCAUUUAUCUGUUUCUGGUAAGACUCAGUUCAGUCCUAGAUAGUAAACAACACAGAGGCUUGAGUCUGGCAGUGUUAAACCAAGAAACCAUGAUCAACUGGACUUACAGAGAUAUUAAGUUGGUGAAAGUGAUAAUUAAAAGAAGAAGAAAAAAAUAGGAUUGUGGGUAUCUUCUCAUAGCUGCAGCUGAAUCUAUCACCAAGUGGGGUAGAGACACUGGUGCUGGCUAUAAUGACGAGCUCUGAGGCCCAUAAAGUUGAUGCAGCUGAUGAAAUUACAGGUUUGGAUGGAGGGUUAUGUGUAAAAAAUAGCAGAAUUGAAAUGUUUGAUCUAGACAGACUGUUACUGGCACUUGCACUUUAUAUGGAAAAAAGUGGUCAGAUUACCAUCACUGGGAGUGCGAAAGUCAUGAUAGUGAUUGUGUUUUGACAGCUUUCUGCUCUCUGCAUGGACUGUUUGUCCCACUAAAUCUGCUGAUGCUUGAUUGGUCAGCACCACUCGCAAACAGACUGUAGCUUAAAAAAAAUACCCCUGAGUACAGAUGUUUCUUUUUUGGCAGAAUCUAAAAACAGAGAUUAGUUAUCUCCCAAUAGUUCUAUUGCAUUGUGUUCUGUUGUCUUUCAGAAACAUCAUGGAGCUGCUAAAUGCAUUUGACCUUGCUGAAGGGUCCAUCACUGAAAGCAACUACAAUGAAAUGCUGCAAAAUCUCAACAGCACAGUCUCAGGGUCAGGGAUCAUUGAAGGGCUGGGCCUCAACAACUGCAGCCUGCAGACCUUCCUCAGUGAUGUAUGAUAAAUUCAUGAGUAAUCAAAGUAAUUCAAUCCCUGUCUCAGUUUUUUAAAAAGUCCUGUGAGCUGAUUGUUCACUUUGGUUGUAGGGAGUGGAGGGAACGGGUCUGGCCUUCAUCGUGUUCACUGAGGCCAUCACAAAGAUGCCCUUCUCCCCUCUGUGGUCUGUCCUCUUUUUCAUCAUGCUCUUCUGCCUUGGCCUCUCUACCAUGUUUGGAGCCAUAGAGGGGGUUGUAGUUCCUCUGCAGGACCUUAAGAUCUUUCCAAAGAAGUGUCCGAAGGAAGUGGUUACAGGUGAUUUAUUCAAGAGACAAGCAAGAUCCAUGUGCUGAAGAAACAUUCAUUCAUACCAUGCAACAGUUGUAAACAGGUCAUAUGUGUUCAAUGUCAUUUCAGGGAUUGUUUGCCUCGUAUCGUUCUUGAUUGCCCUUAUUUUCGCUCUGCGGUCUGGCAAUUACUGGCUGGCGCUCUUCGACGGCUUUGCAGGCUCCAUCCCUUUGCUCAUCAUCGCCUUCUGCGAGAUGACUGGUGUGGCCUACCUGUAUGGAAUGGACAGGUAAGAAACCAAAGCAGCUGUAUUGGGGCGGCAGUAGCUCAGGAGGUAGAGCGGUCGUCCAAUGACCAGAAGGUUGGCGGUUCGAUUCCCCCCUAAUCCAAGUCUGUCCGUUGUGUCCUUGGGCAAGACACUUAACCCACCUUGCUCCCAGUGUGUGUCCUCCACUGGUGUAUGAUUGUGAGUGUUGUGUGGUGGUGGUCGGAGAGGCCGUAGGCGCAGAAUGGCAGCCACGUUUCCACCACCACCAAAGUGUGACUGUGUGAGCGAAUGAAUGAUGUAUCCAAUGUAAAGCGCUUUGAGGGUCUCUGAUAAAGCGCUAUAUGAAAUCUGAUGCAUUAUUAUUAUUAUUAUAAGAAGACUGCUGUUUCAAAAUGUAUUACAUCAAGUGCCAAGUCCAGGUUGAUUGAGUCAAAAAUUACACCAUAACUGCAUCGUCCUGAGCCAGAUCUUUUCCUUUGUCAGGUUUAACGAGGAUAUAAAGUUUAUGAUCGGACACAAACCCAACAUCUUCUGGCAGGCCACAUGGAGAGUCAUCAGCCCUUUGAUCGUCUUGGUCAUCUUUGUGUUUUACUUUGUCACACAAGUCAGCGCUGAACUGACUUACAUCACCUGGAAUCCAAGCUCGGUAUGUUUCCCAUCAGUGGUCCGCUAAAAUGCUCCAAAUGAUCAGCACUGUUUGUUUUCAUGGAUUCUGAAUUCAACUCCUUGAUUUAUUGAACAGGCUAACUUCCCAGCACUGGUAUCAUUGACAUAUCCCAGCUGGGUCUACGUCAUCAUCUUCAUCCUGGCCGGAGUUCCCAGUCUUAUGAUCCCGGGGGUGGCUUUGUACAAACUGUUUCAGAGAUGCUGCUGCAAGAAAACCGGCUUUAACAUGAACUAGACGAUGUAUCCGCACCCAUGUGGAAAAACAUUUGUUUUAAUUUUGAGUUCAUUACAAAGACAAACUCAUGUUUCUUUCUGUUAAUGUUGUCAGAAAUAAAACUCAUCUUUUUCAGGGAAGUACUGUCAUCUCCCUGAAUCUACAUCUGGUGUAAACUCAAAAAUCACAAGGGACAGUGCAAUAUAUGUUAUUUAUUAUUCAAUUAACUUAUAUUAAAAAUAUAUUACAAUAUAUAUUGUAGAUAUUUUGUUUAUGUGUUUGCUUAUUGUACUGUAUCAAAAUUAAACCGUGAUAAACUGGCAUUUUUCUUGAGUUGUUCUUUAUUAAAUGAGAAGCUAAAUAAAUGGAUGCCAUGUAAAUUAUAUAAGUCUCCUAACCAGAUCCUACUCUCUAUUAAAGCAGUUAAUAAUCUGAUUUUUUUCAAGCCAUGAAAUUUGGUCCAUGAAAAUCCAUUGUACCAGAAAAUGGUCAGUUUGUUGCACGACACAAGUUAUUCAGAUUUUAUCAGGCUUUUUCUGAACUAUGGUGGCCUUAUAUGUGUUGUGUUUUUUCACUGUUCAAAAUAAUCUUAUACAUAUUAAUGUGUAAUAAAGGCUGUGAUGGGAUAACAGUAUGUUGGAAAAGGUGUCAUCACUGAUGGAUAAUGCUCUUGAUUUUGCAUAUAUAUGUGUGUCUGAGUGUAUACAAGUAGCUUGAUCUUCUUUGUGUCAAGGAUUCUGCUCUUUUCCAUUGAAUAUAACUGUGGCUGACCUUUAUUAUAUGAUGGCAGGCAAAGUUGUUAAUACAUGAAACUUACUUACUAAAACUGAGGGAAUGCAAUAAAAAAUGACUUUAAUUCAA